GAAAAGGAAAGUGCACACCUGGUCCGUUGUCUUUCCCGGAGAAAGUUGUUCUGCCAUCUUAAGAGUCUUGAGCUCCGGAACGACUGAGGCCUGCUAGGUGGCGCGGGGCUUCUUCACGUCACUGCACGUCGUGCGCUCGGCCGCGAGUCGGGACAAAAAUCGCCGGUUGAAAAAGGGCUGCGGGAGUUCAAGCGUUCGAGAGCCCCGGCGCGCACCACUCUUGAGCCCUGCCGCGCCCCGUCGCUUCCUCCGGAGGCGGACGCGGCCCCGCCCCACUCGCGCGCCGCGCCGAGCUUCCGGGGAAGGAAUCAAAGUCGGGUCACCUUUGAGGGGCUGGGAAGAAGGAUUUAGCCUUGGUAACCGCGUCGCGAUGUGGUUCGAAAUUCUCCCCGGGAUCGCCGUCAUGGCCGCGUGCUUGUUCAUCCCGGGAAUGGCCACUGCUCACAUCCACAAGUUCACUAACGGGGGCAAGGAAAAAAGGGUUGCCCAUUUUUCAUAUCAGUGGAAUUUGAUGGAAAGAGAUAGGUGCAUCUCUGGAGUUAAUCGUUACCAUGUGACAAAGGGUUUGGAGAACAUUGAUUAAGGAAGCACUUUCCUGAUUGAUGAAAAAUAACUCAGUUAUGCUCGUCUACCCCUGCUAGAAGGUUAUAACGUAUCUUAUGUAGCAUGCAGUGUAUUUUGUAGUAUGUAAUAAAAAUUUUAAAAGUAAAA